CUGCAGCUCAACGCCGUGAUCUACGGAUGUGGGAGAAUAUGAGUGGCCUCGCAACAUCUACUUUAUCUACUCGUUCAUCACUCAGUCUCGAUACCUCUGCGCCAGGCCCCUACAACAAUCGCCCACCGACAACCGACAACAACGCGGCGGAAGUAGUUACCAUGAACAACCAAACACUCUCUUUGAAGCUGAUGAUGGAAGACCUUGACCGAGCUGUCCGUGAGAGAGAGCUGGAGGCUUGUUCCUCGCCUGUAGCGAAUGGCGAGGGACGUGAUCCAGCUUUACUUGCUCUCCAUAACGAUUUCAAUCAGCUUGUACAAAUGAGGAACAGGGGACCAGUUCAACCAACACAGACUCCUGGGAAGCAAGCUCAUGAGACCAUUCAAGUUUCUGAAAAGGAGAACGUAGAACCUAUCGAGCAACCGAAACUCCAUCAAGCCAACUUCGUGAUCGCUGUUCAUCAACAGGCUGCACCCGUGGGCUCUACCUCCUGGACCAUGGCAGGCACCGGCACUGCUCGAGACGAUAUGGUUCGCGAUGAGAAACAUACAACAAACAAUGAGGAAGAACUUGAGGCUUCUACGCGACUAUUGGAAAAGCAGCUUCAGGAGCACCUGCAUGAAGAGCACAACCAGUACGCUAUGAACGAGCAGGCAGUGGAAGAAGAAAGUGACGCAGAAAGACGCCUGAUUGUCACAAAUAUUGCAGCUGAUGCAGGCCGGGGGGAACUCGCAUCUGUGUUUGCAACAAACUCCUACGCUUGGCGCCGAAUGAAAAUACUGGAUGAGCGCCAUCCCAAAAAUGGAACGCGUACAGCUUAUGUCGAAAUGAGUUCACGCAAGCAAGCAAAGGCUGCCUGCCGUACCAUAUAUGCCUUCAUCUUUGGUCUUAGAGUCCAAAUCGAAUUGGCCAUUCAAGACUGAGAAGGACUUCUGGUAGGACCACUGUAUUCGAAUGAACUGGAAACCUCGCCAUGGGAGAAAUGUUUGUACCUAGACGGCUUGAAGGUACUACGGGGGGGUCUGUUUGUGUUCAAAGCGGUCU